UGCUUUGCAAUUCACUAGUAGAGUAUCAAAGUAGAAUAAAAAAGGAAAAUGGAACUAGUAGCUUUGUUUCAUCAAUGGUGGCAAGAGCUAGACAAAACAGUUCCAUUCGAUCCUUUGCUUCUUGCCCCUGUCCUUCUUUUAUCCUUUGUUUUUUUGUUUAAACUCGCCAAAAAUCGCAAACUCAAAUUGCCUCCAUCACCACCAAGGCUACCACUGAUCGGAAACCUUCACCAGUUAGGUCCACUCCCUUACCGCUCUCUCAAAAAGCUUUCUGAUAAAUAUGGCCCUCUUAUGAUGGUCCAUUUCGGAAAAGUUCCGACUCUUGUAGUUUCUUCGGCAGAGAUAGCUCAAGAAAUCACUAAAAAUCAUGAUAUUGCUUUCGGUGACCGGCCUAAAACCGCCGCGGCCGAUGACCUGUUCUUUGGAUGCCAGAACCUCGCUUUUUGUCCAUAUGGUGAGUAUUGGAGACAAGUGAAGAAGGUUUGCGUUCUUGAACUCUUGAGCCAGAAAAGAGUACAAUAUUUUGAAUUUGUAAGAAGAGAAGAAACUGCAAACUUAGUGGAGAAACUGCGCCAUGCAAGCUUGCAAGGAUCUCCAGUUGAUUUAAGUGAAUUGCUUGUUUCAAUUUCUAACAACAUCGUAUCAAGAUCAGCUCUUGGUACUGUAUAUAAUAAUGAAAGUGGGCAUAGUAGUUCUGGGGAUUUGGUUAGAGGAGCAAUAGACCUUGUUGGAAGUUUCACCUUCCAAGAUUUUUUUCCUUCUUUGGGUUUGCUAGAUGUUCUAACUGGCUUCACAGGAAAAGUGAAAAAAGCUUCCAAAGAAUUGCAUGGUUUUCUUGAUAAAGUGAUUGAAGAACAUCUAGGAAGAAGCCAGGACAAGGCUGAUGAUAGGAAAGACAUUGUGGAUAUUCUUCUCCAUCUUGAAAAGACUGACAUGCUUACCGUUGAUUUCACUCGCGAAAGCAUGAAAGCUGUCCUAAUGGAUAUGUUUAUUGGAGGAACUGAUACUACUGCAACAACCAUGGACUGGACAAUGGCAGAGCUAAUGAAAAAUCCAAGAAUAAUGAAGAAAGCACAAGAAGAGGUAAGAAGAGUGGUAGGAAAUAAAUCAAAAGUAGAAGAAUCCGAUCUUGAUCACAUGGUCUACCUCAAAUGCGUAGUGAAAGAAACUCUAAGACAUCAUGUGUCGGGAAUGAUUCCUCGUCAAACAACAUCGGAUGUUAAACUUGAAGGAUAUGACAUUUCGGCCAACACAAGAGUAUUGAUCAACGCAUGGGGCAUUCAGAGAGAUCCAAGGUUAUGGGAACAAGCAGAAGAUUUUAUUCCAGAAAGGUUUGUUGAUAAUCCAGCUGACUUUAAGGGACAACAUAAAGAGUAUAUUCCAUUUGGUUCAGGAAGAAGGCUUUGCCCUGGUAUAUCAUAUGCACUUAAAGAAGUUGAAUAUGUGUUGGCCAAUCUUCUUUUCUUGUUUGAUUGGAAAUUGCCUGAGGGUCAAGGGCCAGAGGAUUUGGACAUGGAUGAGGUUUUCUAUUUGGUUAUUCGGAAGAAAAUACCUCUCAUGGUUGUGCCUUCUCUGCAUAAUUAGUUAAGUGUUGUUCAUUAUCCUUACAGAUACAGAGGGAAAAGGAUAAAUGGUGCUCUAGAUGCUGUUCAUUAUAUUUUUCCUUGUUUAUUUGGAUUUAAUGUUCUGUGGGCAUAGACAUGAACUGAAAGUGAUGAUUAAUCAGUUGGAAGGUGAGGAUUUGGAUAUUUAAUUACGAAAGUUAAUUAAGGUUUGAAUUAGAGUUUUCUCCCUCUUGUACUGAAAUAAUAUUUGAAGAGUUGAUUAAUAAAUCAUAUACAUAUAUAAUUAAUA